AUGCAACGCCAAGUAGGUGGCUACCUGUGCUACACGGACAGCCCGCCAGAUCAAGCGACGAUGGAGCAGGUCAAGCGGCUGUGUCGCUCGUGGGCGGAUUGGGACUGCGAGGAGUCAAAGGAGAACGUGUGCAAACGGCAACGCUCGGAUGCGCCAACCAACGACGGAGGGCUUCAGAGUAUGAGCGUCUCCCUGCCGGAGCCGCCAGCCGAGGAUACGAUGGAGGUGCAGCGGCCGCAGGGCUGGCUACCUCCGGCGGUGCGGCAUCGAUUCGACGCCUGCCUGCGGCAGCUCAGCAGAUAG